AUGCCUGCUACCACACACACCGAUCACCUCGAAGAACUCAUCACCACCCUCACCACCAAUCAAACAACACUCGCACAAACCCAAGCUUCCAUGACUACCAAAAUCGACGAAAUACUCGUCAAACUAGCGGCUAUUGAAACAUCCGAGAACCAUCCCUCUGUUUCCUCCGCUCCGCCACCACUUCCGACUCCAUCACCCGAUCUUCGCCACCAUCAACGGAUGAAACUUGAUGUUCCCAUAUUUGAUGGAUCUGAUGCUAUGGGUUGGAUCUUCAAGAUCUCACAGUUCUUCGAGUUUCAUGAUACGCCGGAAGCGGACCGUCUCACCAUCGCAUCUUUCUACAUGGAAGGACCGGCGUUGGGUUGGUAUCAAUGGAUGGCUCGUAAUGGCCAACUCACUUACUGGCAUGGUUUACUUAAUGCGAUUGAGGCUCUCUUCGCUUCGUCCCAAUACGAAGAUCAUAAAGGGUCUUUGUUCAAGCUCACCCAGAAAGGUUCCGUCAGUGAGUAUCUCUCUGCCUUUGAAACUUUGGCAAAUUGGAUUGUCGGAUUACAACCACCAUUUUUGUUGAGUUGCUUCAUCUCUGGAUUAAUCCCUGAGAUCCUUCGAGAGGUUUUGGCCUUGCAACCUCUCAAUCUCAUUCAGGCAGCGUCCUUGGCCCGUUUACAGGAGGAGAAGUUCAAUGAUGCUCGACGUGCUCUUCGCAAUCGAGGUAUUCUUAAUCCCACUUCACUUCAACAAAUUCCACCAUCAUCUACUUCCAAAACACCUCUUGCUCUCCUACCACCUCCACCUAAACCAUCACCACCCACUUUUAAACGUUUAUCCCCGACUGAAAUGGCACAACGCCGUGAAAAGGGCUUAUGCUUUAACUGUGAUGAGAAAUUUCGCCCUGGUCACAAGUGUUCUUCUCGAUUCUUCAUCCUCAUUACUGAUGACGACAUCGACCCGGACCUCACACAUAUUGACCCAAAUUCUGCAGCUCAACCCGACCCAAAACCUGACUUGGAACCAUCUCAAGCCCAAAUCAGCUUUCACGCCUUAUCAGGUCACUUAGCUCCAGAGACCUUGCGUUUAGCAGGCCGUAUUACACACCAACGAGUCCAUAUUCUGAUGGAUGGUGGUAGAACACACAAUUUUCUCCAGGAACGUUUGGUUAUGUCUUUGGGCCUUAAAGUCCAGCCUACAGUUAUGGUGGGUAAUGGUACACUCUUGGAUUGCAAUCAAGUUUGCCCUGGUGUGACUCUCCACAUUCAGGGCCACACAUUUGUGGUUGAUCUUCAUAUACUUCCUAUAAGUGGUGCUGACUUAGUUCUGGGAGUACAAUGGAUGAAAUACUUAGGGCCAAUUUUGGUGGAUUACAAUGCUCUAACCAUGCAAUUCAAACACGCCGGCUCCAUUAUCCAUCUUCAAGGGGAAUGCGAUGUUGGCCUUCACAUGAUUUCUGCACACCAGGUAGAACGAUUAAUCCACACUGAUUCUAUUAGUUCCUUUUUCCAUGUUCAAAUGCUUCCAGUCGAACUCCCUUCAAACCAAAAGGAACCGUCACCAAUUACAGAGCUCUUACAACAAUUCGACCAUUUGUUCACUCCUCUAGCUUCUCUGCCGCCACCACGACAGAUUGAUCAUUCUAUCCACUUGUUACCACAUUCGGUUUAA